AUGGUCGGUUAUGUGUUCAGAAAGCUCGGAUUCAGAUUUGUGUUCAUUUAUGGUCGGUUAUGUGUUCAGAAAGACGUCAGGAUUGAAGGCCGCAUUAUUGGAUUUGAUGAGUACAUGAAUCUGGUUCUGGAUGACGCAGAAGAAGUCAGCAUCAAGAAAAACACCAGGAAGACAUUAGGAAGGAUUCUUCUCAAAGUUGACAACAUAACUCUGAUGAUGAACACGGGAAAAUGAUGAUGCUACAGUAAAUUCAUGAAUCAAGAUCAUUGUGACGGAAUUU